AAAACACGCGCAAAAAAUUAAUUGAUCAUCUGAAACAGUCGCUGCUUUGAUUGUCAGUCGCUGCUCAAACACACCUGCUAUGUUAAAAUUCCGAUUUUUAAAUGUAAAUACAAAAAUAUCUGUCAAUAAAAUUUUCACCGGUGAAAAAUGAUAGUAUACCAACUCUUCUUGAAACGAUUACCGAUAUUGAACUAAAUCAAGAUGGCGUGUGGACACAGGAAACAAAAGAAGGCUGUUAACAGAAAAUACAAAAAGUUGAACUAUCAAGUAUGCUGUGUUUUUUCAACAAUCAUCCAAUCAUCAGAAAAGUGUAAGUCGAAAUUAUCAUGGCACGAACCAACCAAACUCCCCAAGAUCUACCAGUUCACAAGAAGCCGGAAGAUUAUAGCUACCACGUACGGGAUGGAUUGUUUAAAAUGUUAGACUCGGAAAAUCACGGAUAUAUCGAUAAUUCAAAGCUUUUAAACAUGUUUGAUUCGCUUGGAUACAAACUCAGCGGGGAUGAAUUGAGCAGCAUCAUAGCACACGUUGACAAAAUGAACAAAAAUAUCAACUUCGAGAGAUUCAGUCGAAUAGCGCUGUUCUUCUGUGGGCGAGAGGGUCUGGAUGAAGCUUACCGAUUCUUUGAGACCCGAGGUGACUUGCCGCAAAUUGACUUCCCAGAACUCUUUGCCAAUGUCGGCAAUAUCACCAAGAGGAAUGCACAUCGUGUCCUGACCGCGGUGCAGGCGGAGGUUGCACAAAUGGCGUACCGAACGGUCACGAUCCCAAUUCCAAUUUCGAUUAAGAUUCCCAUUGCGCCUAUUGUCGUCUCGGAAGACAGCGAUAGUGAUGUUGAAAUAGUGAAUGACUCUUAGCUAUUGCUAUUUAAAGCAAAUAAACCACUGAUUUUUA